GCCGUGUCGGCGCCGGCCCCGCAGACCCCGCCUAUGACGCAGCGCGCCCUGUCCGUGCUCGUGCUGGCCAGCGCCGCCCUCAUUGUCUACUUCGUCAUCCGGACCGUGCGGCUUAGGAGAAGAAACAGAAAGACUCGAAGAUAUGGAGUUCUGGACACUAACAUAGAAAACAUGGAGUUGACACCCUUAGAACAAGAUGACGACGAUGAUGAUACAACACUGUUUGAUGCCAAUCAUCCUCGAAGAUAAGUGUGUGCCUUUCAGAGAGAGAAUUUAAUCUUAGCUACAGAAGAAGAAUGUUACCUGGAAGGAAUAAGAAGCCAAUUUAUUUCCAGGGUUUGGGGGAGGGGUGGAGGGAGGAAGAGGUGGUGGUGAUGGGUAUUUAAACUGUGUAUUUUAUGACAUCCCUCGUUUGUUGCAAUAAAUACUGUAACAAUUUGUUGUACCUUUUUGUAUAUAUAGAAUACUCUAAAUUCAAAGCUUAUGGAAAGUGUGUGCACUAUUUGGAAACAGUUGCCUAUUACCCUUUUAAAACAGGGUAUUUUCUGCUUGUUUUAUUCCUUAUUUACCAUACUGAAGGUAUACCCUUUUCUACAGUAAUCUGGAAUAUGUUCAUUAAUUUUUUGCCAAUGUAAAAUUAAGUAAAUCAACAUCAAAUCAACACAUCAGUUCUCUAGUAGUGCUAAAAUUAGUGUUUUAUUUGGGAUGCUUUCUUCUUCAAAAGAAUAUGCCAAACUACUGCCAUGUGUGAUUUAUUUUUUUUUAAGAGUAUUUUUAACUAAAUGAAUGUGAGUUGUUGUAUGUAACCAUUAUUUAAAACUGUAUGGAAGUGUACAAAUAAAACAUUUUACAACAUUCCUACA